UCUUAUGCAGUUAUAGUUAGUUCGAUCUCUCUGUCUGUCUACUACCUAGGAAAUAAUGCUGCUAGUUUGCAGUUCACUUGUUUUUUCAUGAUUGACAUUAAGAGUAGCCUUCUUCUUUCCUAGUAUAAAAAGGUUCCACAAAACUCCCACUUCUCAUCUCCAAACAAACCAACAACAAAAGGAAGGAAAACAGAUUUUACAUACCUUUUCAAGAAUGUCUUGGUUUUGGACGAUAAUGUUUCUGAGUUUUGCAAUCAUCAACCAUUCAGAGUCUAGACGUCACAAGCCAUCUGCCGUUGUCGUUGGGACAGUCUACUGCGACACAUGUUUCCAGCAGAAUCUACCAAAAGCCAACCACUACUUCAUUCCAGGUGCAUCUGUCUCUGUAGAAUGCAAGGACGCGAGAUCAGGAAAGAGGUUCCGGAAACAAGUUAAAACAGACAGCCAUGGAGAAUUCAAAGUGCACCUCCCUUUCCCUGUCAGCAAACAUACCACCAAAAUCAGAGGAUGUUCUGUGAGACUAAUCAGCAGUAAUAAACCAUAUUGUGCUGUAGCAGCUUCUGCAACUUCUUCAGAACUUCAUUUCAAGUCAAGAAAAGAUGGGACACAUGUUUUCUCAGCAGGGUUCUUCACAUUCAGGCCACUCAAACAACCACAAGUAUGUAAUGAGAAGCCAAGCAUCACUAAUUUCAAUAAAUUAUCAAAUCCUAGUGAUCCAGCAUUUGUACCACCAGUUCAAGAUCAACCAUCCUUUGGCAGCUUCCUCCCACCGCUGCCUCGACUACCACCACUGCCGCAGCUUCCCCGCCUACCACCACUGCCCGGAAUCCCAUUUCUGCCACCAGCACUACCUAGAAAGCAAGCAGCAACUAAUGUACCAAAUUUAUCAGAAAAUUUGCCAGGCACUCCUUUUCCACCAAAUCCAUUCAACCUACCAAAUAUACUUCCGCCAAGCCCUCUUCAGUUACCACCUAUUACAAUUCCUCCGAUACUUCCUUCCCCUGUGCAAUCAAUUAUCCCUCCUCUUUUACCUUCACCCAGUCCACCACCACCUUUGUUCAACCUGCCACCUAUUCCUGGUUUAAUUCCGUCUCCACCUCCACCACCACCUCCAGUCCAGCUGCCCUCAUUUCCUUUCCAGCCAACCCCUGGUUUUCCUGGAGUGCCUCCUGCUAAGGUUGCUGCACUAUCAGAAACAAGCUCUCCUUGAUUUUAAUUUAACAUAGCUGCAAUGUAUGAUAAUCACAUAGCCGUACACUCACCCUUGAACCUUCAACUUCACACAUUUUAUACUAGUGUACCGUUUCUUAUCAAAUGUGUCUUUACCACAGAAUAUUAGAUUUUGACUUAGCAAUGUCUGCAUAACACAAGAAGAGAACGGAAAAUCUGUACCUCACACGAGAUGCUAUCCAAGUGAUACGUUUUAGCAGUAGCCAGAAAUUGUUUGUUUCCAUUGGUAUUCCUGGUUACUAAUGAAUAAUAAUUCAUGCUUUCUUGAA